UGCCCGGCCCGGGAGGGGAUGUUCAGGCGAGUCGGAGUGGGACUGAGGCUUUUCCACUGGGAGCGGGAGCGGAGCGAGCUUGUAGGCAGCUUGCCGAGGGCCCGAUCACAGAAAGUUCCGGCAUGUGGUGGCGAGGCUGGCCCCGUGGCCUGUGGUUUCGUCUUCAUUUUCUUAGUAGAGACAGUUUGCAGACUGUCCGAGAAAGUGGGUGGCAUUUCUAGAGCACGAGUCUUGCAGUGCAGACGACAGUGUGAUGAAUACGCUGGCAUCGCUGACAGCGUUGACAGUAGCAGGGAGGACGUCGGAGCUGCAAGCCACGGGAUCCGCAGACUCCAGGUGGUCUCACCGUGCCCGGCGGGGCGGGGCCGUUCGAAUGCUGCCUCUGCCUUUGAUUUGCACUUGGGCGACUUACUUAGCUCCUGUGUGCUAAGUAAGUUAGCACAGGUGGUUUCCCCACCUGUGCCGUGGGUCCGGUAGUAUCUCCAUCUAGAGCGGUUGUGAGGACUGACUUUCGUAUCUGCAAAGCCCUGCAGAAGUGUUAGCACUGCCGUGGUGGGCAUUAACAAUUGCGGUUCGAGUGUUGUGAUUUUCUCCAGUGAACAGGACUCUGCGGUGUUUUUCGUUGUGCACCGACUGCGCUUGAGGGUUCACAAUAAGGGUGAGAUGGGACCCUUAUUCCUGGUCCCCUUUGGCGCAUCGCAUAUUGCGGCACGAUUCUUUUUCUUAAAGCAUCCUGAGUCGGCCGUCUUCAGAUUUCAAGCAAACGUUGGAAGUUGGAUUUCGGCAUCCUCCGCGGGUGCACAGUGCAAAACGUGAUCCGGCGGGGAGGUGUUUUAUAACAGCCGAGAUCACUGUGUCUUAAGCUGCUUUUUCAAGAUUUACUGGAAAAGCAGGAUGUGCGGUGUUAGCGGAGCCUCGAGGCCACGUUUUGAGCGGCGGGAGGCAGGGCCUGACGGUGGCUGUAGUCGCUGCCUGUGGAGUCCGGCGCCGGCCGGCGAGGAGUCACUCGAGGGCGCGCGGUUCCACCGCCCGGCCCGCGGCCGGAAGCCCCGCCCGCCUCGCCCCGCCCGCCCGCGGGAAGGGCGCCGCGCGCCGCUUUGUGCCCCAGAGAAGGCCCGGCCUGCCCGGCGCGAGGUGGCUGCUGACUCUGUCUGGUGUUCCUUGCGGUUGGGAGGCCGAGAGAGAGGGACCGAGGCGGCUGAGGCCCGGCCUUGAAGGCUUACCAGGAGGACCAUCUUCAAAAGCUGCUAAAAAUGAAUGGCUCUGAAGACCUCCCUGAGUCCUAUGACUUCGAUCUUAUCAUCAUUGGAGGAGGCUCAGGAGGCCUGGCAGCUGCUAAGGAGGCAGCCAAAUAUGGCAAGAAGGUGAUGGUCUUGGAUUUUGUCACUCCAACCCCUCUUGGAACUAGAUGGGGUCUUGGAGGAACCUGUGUCAAUGUAGGGUGCAUACCUAAAAAACUGAUGCACCAAGCCGCUUUGUUAGGACAAGCGCUACAAGACUCUCGCAACUAUGGAUGGAAAGUUGAGGACACAGUUAAACAUGACUGGGAACAGAUGACAGAAGCUGUACAGAAUCACAUCGGCUCUCUGAACUGGGGCUACCGAGUAGCUCUUCGGGAGAAAAAAGUUGUCUAUGAGAAUGCAUAUGGGCAGUUUAUUGGUCCUCAUAGGAUUAAGGCAACAAAUAAUAAAGGCAAAGAGAAAAUUUAUUCAGCUGAGCGCUUUCUCAUUGCUACUGGUGAAAGGCCACGCUACUUGGGCAUCCCUGGUGACAAAGAAUACUGUAUCAGCAGUGAUGAUCUUUUCUCCUUGCCUUACUGCCCGGGUAAGACUCUUGUGGUUGGAGCAUCCUAUGUUGCUUUGGAGUGUGCUGGAUUUCUUGCUGGUAUUGGUUUAGAUGUCACUGUUAUGGUACGGUCCAUUCUUCUUAGAGGAUUUGACCAAGACAUGGCCAACAGAAUUGGUGAACACAUGGAAGAACAUGGUAUCAAGUUUAUAAAACAGUUUGUACCAAUUAAGGUUGAACAAAUUGAAGCAGGGACACCUGGCCGACUCAGGGUAAUAGCUCAGUCCACCAGUAGUGAGGAAACCAUCGAAGGAGAGUAUAAUACGGUGUUGCUGGCAGUAGGAAGAGAUGCUUGUACAAGAAAUAUUGGCUUAGACACUGUGGGUGUGAAGAUAAAUGAAAAGACUGGAAAAAUACCUGUCACGGAUGAGGAACAGACCAGUGUGCCUUACAUCUAUGCCAUUGGUGACAUACUGGAGGGAAAGCUGGAGCUCACCCCAGUGGCCAUCCAGGCAGGAAGAUUGCUGGCUCAGAGACUUUAUGCUGGCUCAACUGUCAAGUGUGACUAUGAAAAUGUUCCAACAACUGUAUUUACUCCUUUGGAAUAUGGCUGUUGUGGUCUUUCUGAAGAGAAAGCUAUGGAGAAAUUUGGGGAAGAAAAUAUUGAGGUUUACCAUAGUUUCUUUUGGCCUUUGGAGUGGACAGUUCCAUCAAGAGAUAACAACAAAUGUUAUGCAAAAAUAAUCUGCAACCUUAAAGACAGUGAGCGUGUUGUGGGCUUUCAUGUAUUGGGUCCAAAUGCUGGAGAAGUGACACAGGGCUUCGCAGCUGCACUCAAAUGUGGAUUGACCAAAGAGCAGCUGGACAGCACUAUUGGAAUCCACCCCGUCUGUGCAGAGAUAUUCACCACGCUGUCGGUGACCAAGCGCUCUGGGGGAGACAUCCUCCAGUCCGGCUGCUGAGGUUAAGCCCCCAGUGUGGAUGCUGUUGCCAAGACUCCAAACCACUGACUUGUUUCCUUGCCUACGUCCAAGGCAAAGUUUUCAAGAAGGCUCUUGGGCUCUCAGCACCUGUUCACGGUGCUGUGCAUACCAUCCCCUGACCCCUUGGAUAUUGUGGGUAGGAGGUGGUGAGUGGAAGGCAGGCAGUGUCACACUGGGGUGAUGUCACCAUAACGGACUCAAGCUGAUCCUCGGCAGUGCACCUGAGGGAUGCGUCCAUGAAGUCACCAGCCUCAAGCCCAAGUGGUGGGCUGUGACGGAACAUCUGUCGAAUCAGUUUAGCGUGAUCUUUCUUUCCUCCGUGGGUUUUCUUUCUUUCAUUCUCGGCUGUCUAACGUUGAUUAUAUUUUUCUGUUUUCUCCAUGGGGUUAACAAUACUAGAGAUGAAGAAUAAUAGCAAUCAUUUUUUUGUCCAAAAAGCAAGUCACGUCUGAAAUUUCCAAAUUCUUCAAUGUCUUGCUGCAUGGAAGGGACGAUUUGGCUCUCAGGAGCUGCAGAGAUUUGUCUGUGGAAGAGAAUUACCCCAUGACUGAAACCGCCUUAGCAUUGUCUCCUUUAAUAAGUCUUAUGCAGAACAAGUAGAAUUAUGACUGACUUACCAAGUUUGCCCCACCUGCUACACCACUGAUCGUUACCACCAUUCAAAUCCUGGUCAGGAAGGGAAGUGGCCACCUGGCAGCCCUACUUCAAGUAAUAGCCAUUGUGUGAGGCUAGCCAGUGUAGCCUAUGCCUACCACCAUUUGUCACAGAGACAGCAAGUGUCCCAUUUGAUUUAGUUUACUGUGCCUUGAUGCAAGAGAGCUGAGCUCAUUUGCAAUGGAAAAUGCUUGAUUUGCUUAGAACUUUUGGUCUUUGUUUAGUGGGUUUAGCUUUACACUAAAACCACCAAAUACCACAGCUUUACUUUCUGUUUGUGUUGUGUAUCUAUCCCUUCCUAACAACUGCAUUCAUAGGAAAGUGAGUCUUUCCACACUUAAAAUUAAACUCUUUUGUGAUAAUUACUUUUUUAAAAAAGCUAAUACCGUAAAUUAUUAUUAUUUUUGAACACAGGUGGAUGUGAAGGAUUUUCAUUUAAAAACCAAGUGGUUUUGAUUUCUUCUGUUGAAUGAAGCUGGUGGAAUUUUGGCUGAAGUGUUUAUGGAUUCCAACUUGUAUUUUUACAAAGAGGAAUUGGCUCCUCAGUUAGGUGUGUCUGUGUAAAUAUGCUGGCUAAGGGUUGCAUUCAAGCUGUCUUUCCCACUGUACAAUUUGGGCUGUGGACUUGGGCCUCCUGCCAGCAGUUCUUGUAGCAAUUUUUUCAUUCUCUGCCCUUUCCCCAUGUUUCUUACCUGCUGCACUGAGCGGUUGUUUCAAAGUACAUUUCUGGGUCACCUCAGGGAACCCACGUGUCUGCCUGGCAUUCAGUCAGCACAACACCCGAACCUGCCUCACGUCUUGUCCCUUCUGUGAUGAAGAAAAUGAGGAGGAGAGGGGAACUAGGGCAUGGGCUGCAUUCUGCUUUAUUUAUUUAUUUUUUAGUUCCCCUCCCCAAGUCUGCCAGUCUCUGGGAUUAGAACAACAGGCAGUAUGAGGUAAUCGUACCUAAUCAUGUCAUGAUUCCCUCUUAGCAGAAUGGAAUGUUCUGCCCUCACAAGAGGGUUAUACUUCAUAGACUUGUCUUGUUUAGAUUCUGUAAUUGCCUAAUGUACUGUAACUCAUGUUUCAGUUCCAUGUAUUUUUGUUACAAAUUUCCUAAAAUAAGAAAGCAAUGUGAAACAUUAAAAGGUGUUAAUACCCACAUGUGCCUGCUUGCUGUGUGACAGUCUUGAGAUUCUUUAAAGGAGGGAUGAGUAGAUGCAGUCUGCGGUGAAGGAGGUAACGAACCAGCUGCUGAGGAAGCUUUGGUGGUACCACACCAUUAGCCUGGGUGUGGCUAAUGCUGAGGGCUACGUUUUAGUGCUGUGGACUCUCCAGUUGUUUUCCAGCUUGUUCUGAUUUGACCCAUCAGCCUUGGUCUUGAGGGAGGCAGACCCACACUACAUUAAAGCUUGCUCUGGGUGGCCCAGUGCCUUGUCCAUUCAGCACUGCUGCCUGGAUUCCCACACAGCACACAAGGAUGCCUCCUCUCUGGACCAACUCAUAAAUAUUUGGGGUAUAGAUAGACUGGUUCAUCACUGUUCGCAGCCCCUGUGAAUUCGGUAAAGUUCAAGGAAAUGUUGCUUCUUAUGCGUGUAUCUGAUCUUACGCAUCUGUUAUUAUAUAGAAACUUCUGUUUUGUGUUAAUCCUCACCAAAAGCCUUCCCAAAGCUUAUUUCCAUCCUGAGUAAUUGCAGUCUGUCAUCAGUAAUAGCAACCUGAGUGUUUCCUGAAGCACGUGUCAGAUGCAGGGCUUUGGCGCACAUUGACUAACUUUGUCUUUACAAGACCCUGUAGGAAGGUGCUCUUGUACCCUUUACAGAUGGGAAACAGGCUCAGAGGUGUGAGUCUCCUGCUCAGGAUUUCAGUUUUUAGUGCAUCAAGCUACUGAGGCAAGAGCUCUGUGUGACUUGGAAGGCCCAGCCUUAGUCACUUUGCUGUACUGCGGCCCUUUUCUCUGUGAUUGGGGCUUUCAGAGCUGCAGUACUAAUGACUGGACCCACCUUUUUUCACACACUGUCAAAAAGUGCUCGCUGCACUCUUUGCUUGUCUGGGAUGCUCUAACAUUGCUCCCGCUGGUCUUCCCUCUGUCACUUUCCUUCCACAUCAUA